AUGUGUCCGCUGAAGGAGUGUCUCGAUAAAGGGGCUCGGCUGUGGGCUCGGUACGCGGACUACGUCCGGAGGAACCCGGCGGCCACGGCGCAGCUGGAGAGCACGGUGCGGACGCUCUCAUACCUGAUCGCAGGGCGGUUCGCAGACUCCCAUGAAAUAUCUGAGUUAGUGUACUCUGCCUCCAACCUCCUGGUGCUGUUUAAUGACAGUAUUCUGCGUAAAGGCCUGAGAUCUGCCUUCCCUGUGUCUCUCUCCCAGCAGAGGCUCCUGACCUGGCUGUCUGUGUUGGAGUAUGUGGAGGUUUUCCUGGAGAUGGGGGCCUGCAAGCUGUGGGGCGAAGCGGGCCGCUGGCUGGUGAUCGGACUCAUUCAGAUCUUUAAGGCGAUAUUUCGCAUCGUGCUUCUUUUGUGGUACAAAUCUGGCAUCCAGACUUCACCUCCCAUAAACCCUCUGGACAGAGGAGCAGAUUUAGUCAGUGAAGAUGACGCUGACGGGGAGCAGCAAGACGACGCCUGCUUUGUGGGUCAGAGGUCAGGGCGGUCCAUCAGGCCUCUGGGCAGCGCCCCCUCCCUGCACGCCCGGCAGUGGGGAGCGCCGAGUCAGAGGAAGAGGAGGAGCAGCCUAAGUGGGGAGAAGCUCCACAGCAAGCCGACACAGAUGAGCCUUCAGGAGACCGUCGCAGAGUCGGUGUACAUCGGACGGCCGCUCGUGCACUUGCUCUGCCUCGGACUCUGUGGGAAACAGUCCUGGAAGCCGUGGCUCGUCUCUGGAGUCCUCGAACUCUCCAGCUUCGCUGUACUCGGCGAUAAAAAGUUUCAAAAUCGAUGGGAGAGGAACGAGAUGAGGAGGAGAACAUUUCUUCUGCUGUACUACCUUCUGCGGUCACCCUUCUAUGACAAAUACUCAGGGGAAAAGAUUCUCUUCCUGCUCAAACUUCUGGCCGAUCACGUUCCAGGAAUUGGCCUUGUGGCGCGCCCUCUGAUGGAUUACCUCCCCACCUGGCAGAAGAUCUACUUCUACAACUGGGGUUAAAAGCUGCUGGACGCUCCCAUCUUUAACAUUUCUGCAAGUCAACAAGGACGAGGACCGAACUGUGGCGCCUACAGGGACAGAGACACUUGCCAUUAACUUCCCAAAAAUCUGAUAAAAUUAUGUGGAAGUGAUUACCACCUCUUACUGACAGCGAGGACCUGAUUAAUAACAAAAUAUCUCAAUGUAACACUGACGUGAUUAUCACAUUAUAUUCAGUAAACAGCAGAUUUUUCUGUUUUUUUUCCUCCAGGUUUUCUGACCUUGUUUCUGACACUAUAAAACACUGCUAAAAAAAAAUCUGCCUCACAUCUGAGGCAUGUUGGAGAACUUAAUUCUUAAGUUCAUGAUGUACGCCACUGUCUGUACAGUUUGUGAUAUAUGGAAGAAUGUUUUUGUGAGCACUGUUGUCUUUAUCAUUUCAUUCUGUUCACGUCAAGAGAUGCUGCAGCGACAGGUGAGCGCCGUUUGUGGGGAACAGGCGUCAGCAGUUCGCUGCAGGGCAGAAAUGUUUCAAGAGGACUCAAAACGAAGGAGCGAUGACUGAGAAGCACAUUAAAGUUGAGCGACAAGUCUCUCAACACGUCGUUCCCACCAGCAGGCACUGAAUUCCCAGUCCAUGACUCAGUUCUGGACGUUGUUCAUGCGCAUACACACAAUGAGCUAUUGUAAAAUACCAGCGGAAGCACAUUAUACAGCAUGAAAUCUUGAAACAGCAAAACAGCUUUUUAAGGGGGUGUGUGUGCAUACGUGCGUGUGUGUGUGUUGGACUCAGUGACCAGAACACGGCUGAGGUUUUCAAUCUUUAUUAACAUACUGAAUAAGUUUCUUUUUUGUAGCCUACAAAUAAAUAGUUGAAUGUUUCA